AGUAAUUAGUAUCCGUUAGAUCAAAUCUCCUUUUUUAAUCUGGUUUUUUUUUUUUUGUAAAUUUGAUGUCAAAAUCAAACGGCUGGAUCAAUCGAAUUUUCCCGCAAAUGACGCACAGUUUCUUCAAAGAUUUCGAUACCAGACGGGAUGCAUAUGGAUUUACUGUGAGGCCUCAAUACCUUCAGACGUUCAAGGAGUUUGAUAGUAUCUAUAAGAAGGAGGAAGAAGAAAGAUCAACAAAAUGGAGGUGCUUUCUUGAGCAGCAUGCGGAGCUUGCUCUAGCGAACGCAUCUGUUGAGGAGAGUAUCGCUAAAUCUGAAGUCACGGAACCGAAAACCAAUCCUGUCGCGGAAUCAAGUGGAGAGGGAGAUGUUUUAAGCGACAGGAAGCCGACAAAUGGUAAUGAGACAGAGAGUGUUCCUGAAAAAGUGGAUUCAGGGCCAAAACAAACAAAGAAGCCUGUGGUGAGAAAUUGGGCGGAGGUCAGAUCAUCUCUCAGCGUCAUUGAGGAUAUGAUGUGUCGUCGUGUCAAGAGUAGAAUUAACAUGACAAAUGAUCCAAAGAACAGUUCUCAAAAACACCUUCAAUCUAUUCAAGAGGAGGGACCCGCCGAUGAGGACUCUAAAGAGGAGUCAAGAAAUAACGAGCGACCAUAUUCCUCUGGAGAUGAAAGAGCUGAAGACACUCUAGAGUCUUCAUUUCCUUGGAAAGAACUGGAGUCACUUGUUCGUGGUGGUGUGCCAAGAGACCUCAGAGGAGAGGUAUGGCAAGCCUUUGUUGGUGUGAAAGCACGUCGGGUAGAGGGAUACUACCAGAAUUUGUUGGACGUAUGUGAUGCUGGCGGAGAAAGAUUUGCCACGCCAGAAAAAUGUAGAAAGCAGAUCGAAAAGGAUUUACCGCGAACAUUUCCUGGUCAUCCUGCACUAAAUGAGGAAGGUAGGAACUCCUUGAGGAGGUUACUUUUAGCGUACGCUCAGCAUAACCCUGCUGUUGGGUAUUGCCAGGCAAUGAAUUUUUUUGCUGCAAUAUUACUACUAAUGAUGCCUGAAGAAAAUGCCUUUUGGACUUUGGUGGGCAUCAUGGAUGAUUACUUUGAUGGAUACUUUACAACAGACAUGAUAGAAUCCCAGGUGGAUCAACUUGUUUUUGAAGAUUUAAUGCGUGAACGAUAUCCUAAACUAGUCAAUCAUUUCGAUAACUUGGGAGUCGAGAUGGGAUGGAUCUGUGGACCGUGGCUUCUUUCCAUUUUUGUAAAUAUGAUUCCAUGGGACAGUGUUCUACGUGUUUGGGAUGUGAUUCUAUUUGAAGGAAACCGUGCAAUGUUAUUACGAACUGCAUUGGCUUUAAUGGAGCUAUAUGGUCAUGCUUUAGGUACAACUAAAGAUGCUGGAGACGCUAUUACUUUAUUGCAAUCCCUUGUUGGCUCAACGUUUGAUAGCAGCACUCUAGUUGUGACUGCUUGCAUAAGUUUUUCGUACGUAACAGAAGAUAUGUUACAACAGCUUAGACAAAAACAUAGACCAGAUGUGGUAGCUGCGAACGAGGAAAGAAAUAAAGGGGAACUUGUACGGCAAAACUCGAAAAGGCUGGCUACUAAGCUUUACAGUUUCAAGCGUGAUCCUAAGCCGAUUGCACGUGAACCCAGUAUAAAGAAAGGAUUAUGUGAUAAGAAUGUACAUGACAAUAGUGCAGACUUGGUGUUUCCUCCUAAACUUGAUCACUCUCUUGAUAUCACAACCAUCGAUUCAGAAGUAGAUUCUCUUCCAGAUAUUCAAGAUCAGGUUGUGUGGUUGAAGGCCCAGUUGUGCUUGAUGAUGGAAGAAAAGAGAGCUGCUACACUUAGAGCUGAGGAGUUGGAGACAGCGCUUAUCGAGAUGGCCAAACAAGAUAAUCGGCGGGAAUUGAGCGCAAGGAUUGAGCAUAUGGAACAAGAGGUAGCUGAGUUGCAGCAAGUUCUUGGUGAUAAGAAAGAACAGGAGAAAGCAAUGCUUGAGGUGCUAAUGCGAGUUGAACAAGAACAGAAGGUCACAGAAGAUGCUCGUAGAUCUGCAGAGCAAGACGCAGCUGCUCAGAGAUAUGCAGUGAGUGUACUUGAGGAGAAGUAUGAAAAAGCUAUGAAUUCCCUUGCUCAAAUGGAAAAGAGGGUUGUAAUGGCAGAAUCUAUGUUGGAGGCGACAUUGCAAUACAAUUCUGGCCAAGUUAAAGCACUAUCGCCAGGGCAGAGUCGUCCAGAGUCUCCAAAGGACAACAACAGUAGCAGCAGCAACAACAACAAUUCAAACACAACUUCAAAAAGGACGGGCAUACUUUCAUUUGGACUUGGUUGGCGUGAUAGGAACAAGGCAAAACCAUCACAUGUGGAACCAAGCGAAAGUAAAACCACCAAUGAGGCAGUGGAUGCAAAAGCUGAAACCAACGGUCACCAAGAACCCGAAAAAUAGAAAUCGAAGGGAUCAAGAUCGCGUAUUCUCGAGCCUUGGUUCAAGCCGCAGAUGGCAGGUAGCGGCUGCUUGGUUAUUUUUGCAUUCAAAUUGAGAACCAUGAUGAUCCUGCAGUUUUUUUUGUUACAUUAUAUGUUCAUUCUUUCACACCUA